GCCCUCCCUUUGUUCCUGACGGCGCCCGGCUGGAGCGAGACAAGACGAGAGACGCCCCGGAUGCAGCGAGCACCACCGUCCCACACGCCCCUUCACCACCGCCCCCACCGCCCCAAGCCCUCCACGCGCCCAUCCCCGCCAUGGAGUCGACCAUGCAGCAGCGGCGCGAGGAGAUCCUCGCCAAAAAGGCCAAGCUCGCCGAGCUGAAGCGCCAGCGCGAGCUGCGGAAGGCCGACGCAGCCAGCAGGCAGUCGGCGAGCGGCAGCCCGCUGGGAGAGGUGCUCUCGCCCACGCCCCGCCGCAGCGAGGACCUCGACCGCCGCGCAGACAUCAACAACCUCAUCAACAACCUCAUCGGAGAGAGCCGUCCGGGGUCGACGCGCCCGGGCUCGCCAGGCGGACGCACCACGCGCCCGACGUCGGUCGUCAGCGCCGGCCAGCUCAGCAGCGACAAUGAGGCCUCGCCCACGUACCAGGUGCUCUCGGGCAUGGUCGACCACGGCGUGCAAACGCUGUCCAUCGGCCCGCUGGCCACCGUCUACGAGUUCGACGGCCACGUCACGGGCGAGGUCAAGAAGGAGCUCGAGGUCAUCACCUACAGCAAGGGCGUCCAGGCGAGCAUAGACUGGAGCCCGCCGCGCUCACGGGCCGCCGGGGGGAGCGACACAGAGCGCGAAGCCAGUCCGACCCGCUCCCCGACGAGCAAGCGCCUCAGUCGCCGGCAGAAGGAGAAGGACGAGGAGAUACGCGCCCAGCUGCGCAAGGAGAUCGAGGAGGAGCUCAAGGCCGCCGAGCACGCCUCCCACGACGGCACCGCCCACCCGGCCUCGGACGAGAACUUCCCCUUCAAGACGCUAACGGACGAGGAGCUGACGGCCGUCGAGAACUCGGACGACUUCAUCGGCUUCGUCGAGAGGAGCACAAAGGUCCUCGAGAGGGCCCUGGACCAGCAGCUGGGCUACGACAUCCUCGCAGACUAUGCCCUGGGCGGUGUCGACGUCGACGACGAGGACGAGGGCUACGGCUCCAGCGGAGGCAAGAAGGGCCGGCGCAUCAAGGAGAUUGCACAGUUCUGGGACGAGCGCUGGAGCAAGAAGAGAAUGGUCUCGGAUCUGGCCUUCUCGACAAAGUUCCCCGAACUCGUCCUGGCCUCCUACACUAAGAACCCGUCAGCCCCACACGACCCAGACGGCCUCAUCCAGGUCUGGAAUCUGCACAUGCACGACCGCCCCGAGUACAUCUUUCACGCCCAGUCCGACAUUCUCACCGCAAAGUUCUCGCCCUUCCACCCCAACCUCAUCAUCGGCGGCGCAUAUUCAGGCCAGGUCCUGCUAUGGGACACCCGCGCCAAAUCCACCCCCGUCCAAAAGACACCACUCACCGGCUCCGGCCACACACAUCCCGUCUACUCCAUCGACAUUGUCGGCACCCAGAACGCAAACAACAUCAUUUCCUGCUCCACCGACGGCGUGGUCUGCGGCUGGACCGUCGACAUGCUCUCCCAGCCCCAAGAAUUCCUCGAACUGACCUCACCUCCUCCAGCAAAGACAGACGACAUGGCAGUCACCUGCAUCGCCUUUCCGCAGUCCGAUCCCACCUAUUUCCUUGCCGGUACAGAAGAAGGCUCCAUCUACCCCUGCCACCGCUACGACCGCGCUGGUGCAAAAGCCGGCGUCGACGGCCGUGUCAAGUACGCUGGGCACGCCGCACCCGUCAUGAGUCUAGACUUCCACCCCGCCAAAGGGCAGAUCGAUCUAGGUGACCUCGUGCUGUCUUCUAGCGUGGACUGGAGCGUCAAGUUGUGGAAAGUGCGUCCCCCGGCUGCAACGGGCACAGCCGGUGCCACACUUCCCGGUACUGCGCAACAGGUCACCCCCGUACUGGACAUUGCACGCGAAGACCUCGUCUACGACGUGCGCUGGUCGCCCGUGAAGCCAUCCGUGUUUGCCCUCGUCGACGGUGCGGGAUCUCUGGAGGUCUGGGACCUGAACCGUGACGUCGAAGUUCCUGUCCAGAGCGUGAAGCCAAGUGACAACAAGCGUGGAGCGUUUUCAGGCCUGCCGACAGGUGGGGGCGUGAUGAAUCGCAGUCUCAACAAGUUGGCGUGGGAGAGGAACGAGGGGCGCCGCGUCGCCGUGGGGGGCAUGGAUGGUGUUGUUACCGUAUUCGAAGUUGGGCAAGAGCUGGGCGGCGUCGAGACCAGAGCCGAGGAGUGGAGCGGAAUCAAGAGACUGGUCAGCAGACUGGAAGGCGUAGGCGAGGGAAUGAAUGGAAAGUAGGUGUCGACUGUUCUGUCAUAAAAAAAGUUAUUACAGACACGACAUGGUUGGACAAGCUGGCGACGAUGCUUUCUUACCUGCAUGUCUCGAGCGAAGCAUUUCUUUGGAGUCUGGGUUCACGGGCGACAUACCCCUCAUGCUGAAAUGAUAUGAGCAAGUCUUUUGCUUUAAUCAAUCAUUCCAUCUAUCUAUCAAUCAAUCAAUUAACAAACACUUGCUUUUCACUCCCUAUAUGCACACGCGUAUCCGAGGUCCGAAUGAAUAUAUUCUAUACAUUGCCCGCUUGAUCCUCCUCCACAAUCGCCACCACCACCAUGCACUAUGUACGAUACAGAAAAAGCCAGUUGUUACAUGUGAAAAGUCGAACAAAAAGUGGAGCUAUUGAUGCAACCCUGCUGUCCCUCCAUCCAACAUAAUCAGUCAAGACAGCAGAAGAGUAGAAAUAAGCGCGUGCUAAAAGAGUCCAAAAAA